UGUACGUAUUACGUAAGGGUGUGUGUGUUUCUUUUUCUUUCUUUUUCAUGUAACGUCUUUCAGUUUCAAAUAUAACAAUGGUAAACUCAGUCAGACUCACUCUUAUCUUACAUUGAAAAAUCUGAAAAACCAUGCAAAAAGAAGCUAAUUCGCUAUAUCCAUGUCAAGGUUCUGCGUUGUAAAUGUUCGGUGAAAAGUCUUAACCAAUUUCGUAACUUUCUUCCACUCAAUCAAAUAUUAUUAUUAUUGUAUAUGCAUAUUUUGUCAGCAUAUUUUAUUUUAUUUUUUCGUAUUGACUCCAAUGCCACCUUACUUACCAAUACCAAUUUCAUUCAUCAAAAGACAACCUUUAUUCUCCAAAACAUUUCAGACGCAGGGUUCCAGACAUUUAUGAAAGGUUGAAUGAUUUAAUGGGUAUGAAUUCUUUAGCUGUGCUGGGAAACUGUGUAUCCCAAUUGGGAUUGGGAGGUUUCCCAUCCAAAUCAUUUGGUUGCCUUUCCGGUUCAUCUGGUAGUACUUUAGCUUUCCAUGGUAGUGUGAAAAAGUCAUUUGAGCCAAAGAAAGAACAACAGCAGAUUGUUAGUCAGGAGGACGAUCAUAAUGUUUCAAAGAGAUUGCAUAAGGAUUUGAGCUUUUUCCCAAGAUCAAUAACUGACUCUGUUUUGUCUAAUAAUCCCAAGGAUGAUCCCAAUAUACGAAUAGCGUUUAAGGGCUUACCAGGAUGUUACAGUGAGGAUGCUGCACUCAAAAUGUACCCAAAAUGUCAGUCAGUUCCUUGUGAUAGGUUUGAAGAUACGUUUAAGGCUGUUGAAUUAUGGCUGGCUGAUAAGGCAGUUCUUCCUAUUGAGAAUUCUGCUGGUGGAAGCAUCUACUGGAACUAUGAUUUACUACUCUGUCAUAGGCUUCACAUUGUUGGUGAGGUGCAGUUGGCUGCCAAUCUCUGCCUUCUCGCUCUUCCAGGAAUUAGAGAAGAGCAGUUAAGACGAGUUUUAAGCCAUCAUCAGGCACUUGCCUCAAGUGAUGCUUUUCUAAGUAAGUUAGGCACAAUCCAAGAGGAUGUUGAUGAUACAGCUGGUGCAGCUCAGUACGUAGCAUUGGAGGGUUUGAGGGAUGCUGGAGCAAUUGCUAGUGCAAGAGCUGCAGCAAUGUAUGGGCUUAACAUACUUGCAGAAAGAAUCCAGGAUGAUGCUGAAAAUAUUACUCGCUUUCUUGUGCUUGCAAGGGAACCAAUUAUUCCAAAACUUGAUAAGGCAUACAAAACAAGCAUUGUGUUUACUUUACAUGAAGGCCCUGGAAUUUUGUUUAAAGCAUUGGCUGUAUUUGCUCUAAGGGAGAUUAAUUUGAUAAAGAUUGAAAGUCGACCUCAAAUAAAGCAGCCAGUAAGAGUGGUUGAUGACUCCAACAUGGGGAAAGCUAAGUACUUUGAUUACCUUUUCUAUAUUGAUUUUGAGGCAUCUAUGGCAGAACCACGUGCACAAAGUGCUUUAGAGCAGUUGCAGCAGGAACUUACAACUUUUCUUCGGGUACUUGGUUGUUAUGCCAUGGAUACAACUCUAUAGCUGCCGCCGGUUAUUCCAUGUGCUUAAGAGAGAAUAUGGCCCUUCAAUCUGAUCUAAUAUACUAGAAAAAGCUUGCUCCUCAUGCCAUUAGAGUCAUCUCAAUUAAGUGAGUUUCAGAGUAGAACUUGUUUAAACCUUGUGAUAUGGUUGGCCCAUGGGGCAAACCAAGAGAUUAUUCUGUCCUGCCUUAGAGAGAAAACUCUUGUCAUUUAUCAUUUGUCCUUUUCGUAAAGAGCAUAUAUCAGCUCAUAAACUCUUCUAGUUGGCUAAUAUUUAAAUGUACAGUAUAUUGAUGAAUAAAUAUAUCUAUAAUAUGAUCACAAA